CAGGCGGAAGAGCCGUUGUUGUUUGCACCUGCUGUACUUUCCGCCCGCCCGGAACACCUGAGGCCACAAAGUGCUCGGGCCGCCGGAGAAGCUGCUGAAAGACACAGACACGGCGUCGGUCCAAAGAAAAGCGUCCUUUCGUGCCGCCGUAUGGACAAAUUGAAGAAGGUGCUGAGCGGUCAGGAUGACGCAAACACGGACGGCGCGGGAAUACUGGAGGCAGCCAAUCGUGCGUCCACAUUGUCCUGGGGUUCACGGGUGAAGGGCUUCCUGAUCUGCUUUGGAUUAGGUGUAACCUGCUCCAUCCUGGGUACUUGUCUGCUGUGGCUUCCAGUCAUGGGUCUGGCUGCAUUUGCUGUCCUCUACAGCGUGGGAAAUAUCUGCUCUCUGGCCAGCACCAUGUUCCUGAUGGGGCCUCUGAACCAGCUGAAGAACAUGUGCGCUAAAGUCAGAGCGUUAGCCACCGCCAUCAUGCUGAUCUGUUUAGCGCUGACGCUGUGUGCUGCUUUCUGGUGGAAGAAUAACGGACUGGCGCUUCUGUUCUGUGUGCUGCAGUUUUUGGCAUUUACCUGGUACGGACUGUCAUACAUCCCCUUCGCCAGGGACGCCGUCCUCAAAAUAUUUACCUUCUGUGUCUGAGACGUCUUUCCAACUUUAUAAAGCCCCGCCCCCAUCGUCAGUCAGGAUCCUCAGUUAUUAGCCCGGGGGAGGGGGGGGGCGGCAGGAAUGACACACUGAUGGACCAUCAAGACCUAAUACAUGUCACAGAGACAUGGAACUGUCCAAGAUCCACUUCAGGGCUGGUUUCCAUGGAGACUUGUCCCAAGCUGGUUACCUGGAUCUUAUUUCACAGUUCCUGUUCUGGUUAGUGUUCACACUCAGACUACCAAACUCAGUCCCAGGAUGCACUGCUGCCGAUGGUGUCCUGCAUGUCCAAAGCAUAGACUGUGUAUAUAUAAAGUCCCUGGCGUGUGGGCGGAGCUUGUCACUGGUGGCUGUUUUCAACUGUUUUCAAGAACUGAUUUUAUAAAAUCCUUCUGAAUCAUGUUUGUUUCUCAGAAAAUAAGCACAAAAAAUAAAAUAUAAAAAAAUAAUAAUCUUAAAGAAAAUUAUAACAAAACCACAGCAUUAGGAAAAAUAAAAUGUAGAUUUCAUUGAGUCAAAGGUUCGUGUGAUUUCAAAGUAUAUUGAAAUGUAAAACAUUUCGGCAGUUUGUUUUUAAACGUUACAUAUUUCUGUGUAGAAUGUUUCCUUUGUUACUGUAACUUUGUAUUUGGGUGUUUCUGUCCUUGUUUUAAUAAACCAUUUGACAUGUU